UUCGCCGAGCCCCGCGUUUUCACCCGACGCGCGCAAUUCACGGCUCCGCCGGGAAACACCACUCCGCCACCGAGAAGUCUCGGCUCCGCCGCCGUCUUAAAAAACCCUAAGAGAUAAACCAUCAUUCUUACCUUCUUGUUUGUUGUUGUUGUUAUUUGCGUUCCUCUUCUUCUGCUCCUUCUGCUACUCAGUUUGACCCGGCCAUGGGGAACUGUAACGCGUGCGUGAAGCUCGAACCCAAGGACUCGAAACCGACCCAGAAGCCGAAGAAGAAGAACAAUCGCGAUCGGAAAUCAAACCCUUUUGAUGAAUUCAUCUCGGUUCGGACGCAUGCCCCGGCUCGGGUCCUCGACAACAUCAUUCCGGUGAGCCACCACACCCAGAUCAGCGAAAAAUAUACCCUGGGUCGCGAGCUCGGUCGCGGAGAAUUUGGGAUCACGCACCUCUGUACGGACCACGAGACCCGCGAAGUCUUAGCCUGCAAAUCGAUCUCCAAACGGAAGCUUAGGACAGCCAUCGACAUCGAGGAUGUCCGACGCGAGGUCGCGAUCAUGUCGACGCUCCCCGACCACCCAAACAUCGUUAAACUCAAGGCGGCGUACGAGGACGACGAAAAUGUUCAUCUGGUGAUGGAGCUCUGCGCAGGCGGAGAGCUUUUCGAUCGGAUCGUUGCGAGAGGCCAUUACACAGAACGCGCGGCGGCGGCCGUCGCGAGGACGAUCGCCGAGGUCGUGAGCAUGUGUCACUCCAACGGUGUUAUGCAUAGAGAUUUGAAGCCGGAAAACUUCUUAUUCGUUGAUAAGAAGGAGAAUUCGGCUCUGAAAGCUAUUGAUUUUGGGCUCUCUGUGUUCUUCAAACCUGGAGAGAGAUUUACAGAGAUUGUAGGAAGUCCUUAUUACAUGGCUCCUGAGGUUUUGAAGAAGAAUUACGGACCGGAAGUUGAUGUGUGGAGUGCUGGUGUGAUUGUCUACAUCUUGCUCUGCGGUGUUCCUCCGUUUUGGGCCGAGACUGAACAAGGUGUUGCCCUUGCAAUCUUGAGGGGAGUGCUUGAUUUCAAGAGAGAACCGUGGCCCCAGAUAUCGGAGAGUGCUAAGAGCCUCGUGAGGCAGAUGUUGGACCCGGAUCCGACUAAACGUUUGACUGCUCAGCAAGUCCGUGAGCACCCUUGGAUACAUAACGCAAAGAAAGCUCCAAAUGUUCCUUUAGGAGAUAUCGUGAGGUCAAGGUUGAAGCAGUUCUCCGUGAUGAAUAGAUUCAAAAAGAAAGCUCUCAGAGUGAUUGCCGAGCACUUGUCCCUUCAGGAGGUUGAAGUGAUCAAGAACAUGUUUACAUUGAUGGAUGACGACAAUGAUGGAAGAAUAGCCUACACAGAACUCAGAGCUGGACUCAGCAAGGUCGGUUCACAACUGGGUGAACCAGAGAUCAAAAUGUUGAUGGAAGUGGCCGAUGUUGAUGGGGAUGGGUUCCUGGACUACGGUGAAUUCGUCGCAGUGAUUUUCCACUUGCAAAAGAUGGAGAACGAUGAACAUCUCAAGCAAGCUUUUAUGUUCUUCGACAUAGACAGUAGCGGGUACAUCGAAAUGGAUGAACUGCAGGAAGCUUUAGCUCAUGGAGCAGACGAACCAGACGACAAUGUCCUAAAUGACAUAAUGCGUGAAGUUGACACUGACAAGGAUGGGCGCAUAAACUACGAUGAAUUCGUAGCAAUGAUGAAAGCAGGAACCGACUGGAGAAAGGCGUCUAGACAAUACUCAAGAGAGAGAUUCAAAAGCCUAAGCGUCAACUUGCUGAAGGAUGGUUCAUUGCAUCUUCAUGAUGCCCUCACUGGGAAAUCAGUUCCAGUAUGAUCUUUUCUUACCAUUUUUUUUUGGUUAUAUAUCCCUCCAAAACAAACCCUUACGACAUUGCUUCAAGAACCCUCUUCGGCGUUAGGGUUUGUAAAGCUUUGUGGGUUGGUUAGGGUUUGGUGUUAAGAAGACUUGGCAACUCUCGAAAGGGGUAUACUUGCAGCUAGGCUGUAUAUUUAGGGUUUCUGUUUUUGUCUACUUUCACAUUCAGAACUUUCGAAAUUAUGUGUACCAUUUGAAGUUUUUCCGGAUUCAGUGGCUUUUGUCUGUUCAA